UCUGGACACAUCUGUUCCUACCGGGUGCGCGCCACCCCUGGCAGAGAAUUCCAUCAAUUAAGCGCGUCGCCGCGGAACAGACGCGCGGAGCCAGACGAGAGUCCUAAGGAUUGCUGAGCUAACCAUAACUAACCAACUUACCCUACCUAGUCCAACACAAAACCUAACCUUACCCAACCCAUAAUGUGGUUCUACAGUUGGACAACAAGGACAACGACAAUUCUCGGGACUUUUCGACACGGACCGCGCAUGCGUCGCGGGGAGGAUUGACUGACUAAAGUUCUUGAACCAUUUGAGGAUACGGGUCGUUUCUUCUCUCCAACGGUUCUCCGUUGGAGAUAUCUGUUACAUUUUCCUCCGAUAUCGAUGAAUGAUCUCGACUGAUCGAGACCGUAAGACCGCAGCGAUCAGCCGGGACUGUUUUGGAUCUUCAAGAAGCGGCUCCAGGACUUGUUGUCCAACAAGUAGGAGAGGAACGGACUUUAUGACUGGUAUUCGGACAGAUACAUCCAGACCUCCCAUAUAUUCCAUGCCUCAAGGUUUCCUCUUCCGGUGACAUCAUCAGCAUGCCUGAGGGGUCUGGGCGUGGCAGAUCGCUUAGGAACGCAGCCAGACGUCCCUCCUCAGCCUCAUCGCUGGGCGGAGUGGUGGGCGGGAUGAUGUCGUCGUCCUCCUGUACGUCCGUCAACACGGUGUGUUCGGACAGCGACCGGCCUGCCUCCCUCACCUUGUCCUCCUCCUCCUCCUCCUCCUCGCUGCCCUACGGCCCGGGGGCCGCCGACACCUGCUCCUCCUCCUCCUCCUCCUGCUCCUCCUCCUCCACGCACAAGAGGAAGGGCUCCGACAUCAGCCUGGAUCUCACACCUCUGGCUGCUUCCCCCGUGCCACUGGCCCCGCCCCCAGUGACCCUAGCCACGCCCCCGGCGCCCCAGGCCCCGCCCCUCCUGCUGACGCGACUGCAGAGGGUGGUGUUGGAGAUCGUAGAGACGGAGCAGGCCUACGUCAGAGACUUGAGGAGCAUCGUAGAGGACUAUCUGGGCUGUAUUGUGGACUGGGGAUCCGCCCUGCCUCUGAAGGCAGAGCAGGUCAGCGCCCUGUUCUGCAACAUAGAAGACAUCCUGGAGUUCAACAGUGAUCUCCUUGAGGACUUGGAGAACAGUCCCCAUGCUGCAGCCAUCGCUGAGUGUUUCCUAGAGCGGAGUGAAUCGUUUAACAUCUAUACCUUGUACUGUAUGAACUAUCCCAACUCGAUGGCGGUACUGAGGGAGUGUAUGCAGGAUGAGCGUCUCCUCGUCUUCUUCCAGGAGAGACAAGCCACCCUGAACCACUCGUUGCCGUUAGAGACCUACCUGCUCAAACCUGUCCAGAGGAUCCUCAAGUACCACCUUUUACUACAGGAGCUGUCUAAACACUGGGACCAUGGCGCCCAGGGCAUUGAGGUUGUGGAGGACGCCAUCGUUGCCAUGACAGCCGUGGCGUGGUACAUCAAUGACAUGAAGAGGAGGCAAGAACACGCUAUCAGACUGCAGGAGGUCCAGGGUCUACUGGUGAACUGGGUGGGUCCUGAGCUGGGGGGCUUCGGGGAGCUGGUCCUGGAGGGCUGCUUCAGGGUGCUGAGGAUGAGGAAGGAGAGAGCCUUUUUCCUCUUCAACAACAUGCUGCUCAUCACCAAGAAGAGGAUGGACCGCUUCAUCUACAGCACUCACAUCUUCUGCUGUAACCUGUUGUUGGUGGAACAUCUAAAGGAUCCGCUGACUUUCAAAGUUUCAGACCAAACGAUCGCUAAAGAACAACAUACUGUACAGACAAGGAACCUUGAGGAGAAGAGACUGUGGAUCCACUACCUGAAAAGACUUAUCAUGGAGAACCAUCCUACCUCCCUCCCUCACAAGGCAAGGCAGGUCCUGGGAGACAACUUCUGUCAAUCUCCUCAUUUUGACCAGGACACCCUGAAGAAGAGUCCUGCCACUCCACGAUUGGACAAUUCCCGAGGACAUCAUCGAGGCAGGCGCCAAUCAGACCCCCCAGCAGUGACCUUCCCAUGUGCGCCGAGAACAAGCCUCCGUCAACCCUUUAACUACACACGCAGACAAUCAGUACCAACCAAUCACAUAGAGGCUGUCUGCACUUCAGGAGUGUGGAAGCCUAUGGACAGCAGGGGGGAUGUGGGUGGUUUAGCGAGUCCCUGGUCCUCGUCAGGGAACCCCCUACCCCCAGCAGGACCUCCGCCCACCCAGGAGGAGGAGGAGGAGGAGGAGGUUCUCGCCCCUCUGUGUGCCAGCCCCUCCCUCUCAAUCACUGAGGAAAUCCUGCAGUUGAUGAACAAGAGCCUCCUGGCUUCAUCUCUACCCACGGAGUCCACCAGAUCUGACCACAGCUUUACCAGCCCUCUGGCCCCUGAAGUACCCCCCUCCAGCCCUCUGGCCCCUACAAUAACCCCCACCAGCCCUCCGGCCCCUACAAUACCCCCCUCCAGCCCUCUGGCCCCUGAAGUACCCCCCUCCAGCCCUCUGGCCCCUGAAGUACCCCCCUCCAGCCCUCUGGCCCCUACAGUACCCCCCUCCAGCCCUCUGGCCCCUACAGUACCCCCCUUCAGCCCUCUGGCCCCUACAGUACCCCCCUCCAACCCUCUGGCCCCUACAGUACCCCCCUCCAGCCCUCUGGCCCCUACAGUACCCCCCUCCAGCCCUCUGGCCCCUACAGUACCCCCCUCCAGCCAACUGGCCCCUACAGUACCCCCCUCCAACCAACUGGCCCCUACAAUACCCCCCUCGAGCCCACUGGCCCCUACAGUAUCCCCCUCCAACCAAGCCUUGUGGGAGCCCGGGCCCUGGCACCAUAUGGGGGACCAGGGGGUGGAUACCAAAGGUUUGGAGCUGAUGGCACCCUACAAUCAGAGCGAGGAGAUGGGGCUUGGGUGUUGGGAGGAGAGGGUGGAGGAGGUGCAAGGGAACACAGAGGCUCUGCCUACUGCUCCUUCUGACACUGCCUCCACCCAGAACCACAACAGGAGCGAGCACAGCAUCAUCGCCAAGAUCCGGAGUUACUACCAGGCUGCCGAGGAGGAGGAGGUGGAGGAAAACGGACUGGCCAACGGGCCAAUCAGCUCUACAGAAGGACAAGCCAGCCUGAGCCCAUCAUCAAUCUGGACCAAUGAGAACACCGCCUACCAACUUGCUUUCCCAGAGCUUCGGCGGGCUAGCGUCUCUGGACCACAUCAAGGAGUGAUUAAACCAAGCCCCGUCGACCAAGACCCAAGCCCCGCCUCUCAGGACCACAAUGACCCGAGUCCCACCCACCAGGACCCAAGCCCCACCCACCAGGACCCUAGCCCAACCCACCAGGACCCCAGCCCAGCCGACAAGGACCAACAUCACCCCAGUCCCACCAACCAGGACCCCAGCCCCGCCCACAAAGAUCCCAGCCCCGCCCACCAGGGCCCUAGCCCCGCCCACCGGGACCCCAGCCCCGCCCACCAGGACAGUAGCCCCGCCCAGCAGGUCCAACAUGACCCCAGUCCCACCCACCAGGACCCCAGCCCCGCCCACCAGGACCGCAGCCCCGCCCACCAGGACCAUAGCCCCGCCCAGCAGGACCCUAGCCCCGCCCACCAGGACCCCAGACCCGCCCACCAGGAACCCAGUCCCACCCACAAGGACCCUUGCCACGCCAACCAAGAUUCCUCUGGGAACCAGCACAGGAAGGCCAGAACACAGAGAGAACUGGACCAGGACACCCGCCUGCAGGCCCUUCAUCCCAGCCAGACCAGGGUGGGGGACUGGUCUGCCCCCAGCAGGAGGGCCUUGUUGGAGGUGUCUGGGUCAGGUGUAGCAGGCAUCCGGCUGUUUGAGAUGGGGCCCCUCGCUGACCCAGCAUUGAUGAAGAACUCGGAGCGGAUUCUGAACAAGGUCCAAACGCUGGCACGCAUGUACAGCUCAAGCGCCGGGACCAUGAAGCUUCCUCUGCACCAAAAGCAGAACGCCAGGAGGACCAGGACGCCCCAAGACACGCAGACCGGGUGCCUGAAGGAGCAGGGGAAGCACAUCCAGUCCCAGCGCUCCAGUCAGAACCCUACUGACACUAACAGACCCGAUACAGCCAAAACACACACACAGUCCCCACUCACCUGGGCUCAGAACCCAAAUACGACCAGGAGCCUUGCCCAGACCCAGGCAGGUCCGCCGGCCCCCUGGUUGGAGGAUGGAGGGAUGAAGGAAGAGCAAGAGGUGGAAGACAAGUGCAUGAGGAGGAGAGGGAGCGGGACCAGUGACCCCCAGGCGGCCCCAGUGGUGUUGGGUCCGGUCUCGGUCAGACCCUGCUUGGCCCUCUGUCGGCCCCGGGACUUCAUCUCCGCCCUGAGCUCCAGUGUCGCCUCCGCGACCACCAGCCUCCCCAGAGCAGGCCUCCCCUCCCCUGGGGGGGAGGGCUGCAGGGAGUCCCAGGAGAGAGCCUACCACCAUGGCUCUGGUCUCACUAUCCUGAGGGACCACCGGGCUGACCUCCCCCAGGAAAGGCCACCUGGUCAGGUCCGUGUCUCCCGCGUCAGCCCGCUGGCCUAUCCCUCACCCAACGUACCCGCUGACGGGGCCUCUAGACGGGGGUCCGACUCCACCAACAGCCCCCUGGUCCCUGGGUUGUCUGAGGCUUGGCCCCCAGCCCUCAAUGGAGGCCAGCUGAGAGAGAGCUCUUCUGAGGACCUCCAUCAGGAUAUUCCUCGGUUGCCAUGGGAGAUGUCAUCGUUGCUGUCUCCCCCACCCUCCCUCUCCAGGCCUAACCUCACCCACCGCCCCCCCUCCCCCUGCAGGGCCAUCCCUCCUUUCUCCCCCCCUCAGCCCUCUAGUGGGAGGGGUUUGGACAGACGGGGCGGAGCCCCGUUCUCAGCCUUCUCCAGAUCAUUGGCCGCCUCCUUCAUCAGUCAAAGCAUCGCCAAGAAGAAUGCCCCGCCCCCAUUUAUCCAUUGUAACAACCCCCUAUCAUCUCCCCUGGUUCCACAGCGCCCCCCACCUCCUCAGCGACCACCCCCCUCCUCCCUGGGCCAUGGCCCUCACUCCCCCCCUCCCCCAGCCUCCCCUCCCUCCAACUCCCUCCUCCACUCCAGAUCUGUCGGCCUAUCAGAUUCCUGCGUUCAUAUAAACAGCAACCACAGCAACAACCACAGGCAUUGCAGGGAUAGCAUGGCAGAUGUAGGGGUCAGCCACAGAAGUGCCAGCGGUGCUAGUGGAAGCGGUGGAUGGCUAGCAAGCCAGAGGAAUGUCUCUUGUUCUCCCGCCAGCGUCGCUGCAACACAGCCUUCCCAUGAUGCUCUCUGGUCCGGCCAUCACAACCGGGUUGCACGGCCCUUCUCUGCCUCCGAGCCAGGCUCGCGGGUCCAAUCCCCCUCCGCCUUUCUCUGCUCUCCAGCUCCUCACCAUGACUCCUUCACUCCCAUUCCUCCCCAGGACUCUUCCACUCCCCUGGUUCUUACCCCGCCCACGGGCCUCAGCCUGGAGCAGGCCAUCUUGAUGAAGUCUGUUACUGGCUCCGGCUCCUGCUGCCCCCGCAUUCUGUCCCCGCCUCCGAUUGGUGUUCCGUCAAACGCCUGGACCGAUCACAUCGCUGCACCCCGGCCACGGAACCCAUGCUCUGCACCCUACCCGACCUCCUAUACACCGGACACCUCCUCCUCUACUCCUGCCCCAAGUUCCCUGAACCUCAGGAGCCCUAUCAAGGCCUGCUCCUCCUACCUCCAGCCUCCGGUCUCGCCCAGCAGGCUCAGCCCAGACAGGGCCACCCAGGCUGGGAGGCAUCCCCAGCGAGACGAUCAGGAGCUCCUCGACCAGAGUCCAGAGACUGAGGUCACAACAGCCCCCUUCUCCUCUUCUUCUGCUCCUCUCUCCUAUGCUCACCCUCCUUCCCCCUCCUUCUCCUCUCCCCAAGAGCAGGGAGAGCUGGAGAAGGGAAGCUGUCGCAGUCAGCUGUUCUGUGCCUAUGUAGCCCGCCCUUCCCUGGCCCAAACUCCCACCACCACGCCCUCCACCGACCACACCAACCACAACCCCACCACCCAGCAAGCAGAUCCCCACACUCUGGUUCAAACACAGAUCACAGCCCACCCGGGGCUUCCUAGGACCAACUAUGCCACCACGGUGAACCUCCAGGUCGCCUGUAGCGGAAGGAUCACCUUCUACAGCACGGCCCGGGUCAGCCUAGACCAGAACCCCUAACGUUCCGAUCAGCCUGGACCAGAACCCCUAACGUUCCGGUCAGCAUGGACCAGAACCCCUAACCCUCCAGUCAGCCUGGAUCAGAACCCCUAACCCUCCAUCAGCCUAGACCAGAACCCCUAACCCUCCAGUCAGCCUGGACCAGAACCCUUAACCCUCCAGUCAGCCUAGACCACCAGAACCCCUAACCCUCCAUCAGCCUAGACCAGAACCCCUAAACCUCCAGUCAGCCUGGACCAGAACCCCUAACCCUCCAGUCAGCCUGGACCAGAACCCUUAACCCUCCAGUCAGCCUAGACCACGAGAACCCCUAACCCUCCAGUCAGCCUGGACCAGAACCCCUAACCCUCCAUCAGCCUAGACCAGAACCCCUAACCCUCCAGUCAGCCUAGACCAGAACCCCUAACCCUCCGGUCAGCCUGGACCAGAACCCCUAACCCUCCAUCAGCCUAGACCAGAACCCCUAACCCUCCAUCAGCCUAGACCAGAACCCCUAAUGUUCCGGUCAGCCUGGACCAGAACCCCUAACCCUCCAUCAGCCUAGACCAGAACCCUUAACCCUCCAGUCAGCCUGGACCAGAACCCCUAACCCUCCAGUCAGCCUGGACCAGAACCCUUAACCCUCCAGUCAGCCUGGACCAGAACCCUUAACCCUCCAGUCAGCCUGGACCACCAGAACCCCUAACCCUCCGGUCAGCCUGGACCACCAGAACCCCUAACCCUCCGGUCAGCCUGGACCAGAACCCCUAACCCACCAUCAGCCUGAACCAGAUUCCCUUACCCUAAACCUUAAUAUUUAAAACAUGUCCGAUUUUUUUGUAUUUCAUGCCCUUUAAAGAAACCUAACACAUUUAUAUCUAAAGCAUCUUGCAGACUGAUGCCAACAGUGUCGUGGUGCAGUGGUGCAUCUUCUCAUUCUUCAGGCCCGGUCCCUUUCUACCUGUGACAGACCCGUUACGUGACCCUGAUGCUGUUAACAUGAACUGAUAACAUGGCAGCCUACACGUAACUUGGCUUGGACUGAAAGGUUGGCAUCAGAUCCUUCACCACUACCUCCUGGGGCCAAGAAACCUCCUCCUCCUCCCCCCCACACUGUGUCACACUCCCUGGCUACUCCUCUUCCUCCUCAUCCUCCUCAUCCACCUUCUUCACACACCCCUCAGUUAUUGUUUUCCAGCAGCCAUCCACUAAGCCUUCACCCAAUCUCUCUCUCCUCUUCCAACCCCUCAUCCUUCUCCAACCCCUUUACCCUCCAUCCUGAACCCUUUAACCCCUUUAGUCACUCUGGACCAGAACCCCUUACCCUCCAAUCUGCCUGGCCCAUCUACACUCCCUCACUCUCCCCUGCUCCUUAUAUUCCUCUUCAUCCAACUUCCUCACACAGCCCUCGGUUAAUGGUUUCCAGCAGGCUUCCAGUAAGCCUCCACUCCUCCUACACUCCCUCCUCCUCAAACCCCCUAAAACCCCUUUAUACUCCAUCCAACCCUUGCAUCAACCUCUUCCUCACCAGUCCUCAGUUAAUAUACUCAGACAGCAUUCCAGGAAGCCUGGGUGGGCGGGGUUUUUGCUGCCUGGAUUGCAUCAUGGAAUGUUUUAUUGCGAGACAACCUAUUGUUUUUAGAAAUAUUUUCUUCUGGUUUCGUAACUGCUAAACAUUGGGAAUGUGGUUGUUUAUGGGUCUAAUCUUGUUUCUGGCACUUAAUAUGCUUUUUAUACACACUACCAUAUGUUGUUAAUGCCAGUCUGUGUCUGCAGCACUGGCUGACUGUACAUGUGUUUAUGUGUUUAUGUGUGUGUGUGUGUGUGUGUGUGUGUGUGUGUGUUUGUCGUUCUUUAUACUUCAGUAGAAUCUGAUCCGUCUGCUUUGAAAUUUAUCAGAUAUGUUGUUCCUUAGAAAUUAUUUAAACCUUGUUUGGACCUGGUUUGAAGAUGAUUUAGACCUGGUAUGUAUCUGUUUUGAAAUUGGUCUAGACCUGGUUCGGUGACAGAUGGGAUCACCUUAUUGCAGACCAACUAAGUCCAACGUCAACUUAAAUAAAUAUAUAUAAUAAAGAAAUAC